AUGGAAACAGAAAACCGGACAGAAGUAUCAGUAUUCCUCCUCCGGGGUCUCUCAGAUGAUCCGGAAAUGCAGCCACUCCUCUUUGGCGUGUUCCUGUCCAUGUAUCUGGUCACUGUGCUUGGAAACCUGCUCAUCAUCCUGGCUAUCAGUUCUGACUCUCACCUCCACACCCCCAUGUACUUCUUCCUCUCCAACCUGUCCUUUGUUGACAUCUGUUUCAUCUCCACCACUGUCCCAAAGAUGCUGGUGAAUAUCCAGGAACACAGCAAAGACAUUUCCUAUAUAGAAUGCUUCGUUCAAGUGUAUUUUUUUAUGAUUUUUGCUGGAAUGGACGAUUUCCUCCUGACUGUGAUGGCGUAUGACCGGUUUGUGGCCAUCUGCCACCCCCUGCACUACACAGUCAUCAUGAGCCCACAAUUCUGUGUCCUCCUGGUUCUGAGUUGUUGGCUCACCCUUUUCUGGGUCUCCUUGAUUCAUAUUCUGCUGGUGAGGCGGCUGACCUUCUGUACAGGCACUGAGAUUCCACAUUUCUUCUGUGAACUGGCUCAGAUUAUUAAGGCAGCCUGCUCUGACACCCUCAUCAAUAACAUCUGCUUGUAUGUUGCCACUGCACUGCUGUGUGUGUUUCCUCUCACUGGGAUCCUCUACUCAUACUCUCAGAUUGUCUCCUCCUUAAUGAAGAUGUCCUCCAGAGAGAGCAAGUAUAAAGCAUUCUCCACCUGUGGGUCUCACCUCUCUGUGGUCUCUUUGUUCUAUGGGACAAGCCUGGGGGUUUACCUCACUUCUGCUGUGACCCAUUCUUCCCAGGGAAGUUCGAUUGCCUCAGUGAUGUACACUGUGGUGACCCCCAUGUUGAACCCCUUCAUCUACAGCCUGAGGAACAAGGAUGUGAAGGGGGCCCUGCGAAGGCUCCUCAGCAGAGCAACCUCAUGGCCAUGA